UAAUGGAGACGGGAGGGUGUGCUAAUGUUUACAACCGCUGAGCUGGUGACAAUUUGAUCGUGGAGCUUGUGAUUUCCUCUUUACUUCCGCUGCAUGUGAAAUGAAAAUCGAAUACAGGCCCCAACUCGAUGAACUGUUCUCACAUUCAGGUUUGUUGCUGGCUGUGAGGCCCCUGGUGGGUCUGGACUCAAACUGGGCUUCACACUGAAUCUGAGCUCAAGUCUGCAAGGACCAGGGACAACGUUUCUCAGCCCACGUUCUGUUGCCAAUCAGCGUCCCGAUGGAGUGGGUGUUCAUCAUGAACCGGAUGAGCUCUCAGGGCAGCGUUGCGACCCAGCGGAGGCGCAUGGCUCUGGGGGUGGUGAUACUGCUGCUGGUCGAUGUCAUCUGGGUCGCGUCCUCCGAGCUGACUUCAUACAUUUUCAAGCGGCAGGAGUACAACAAACCCUUCUUCAGCACAUUCACCAAAACCUCCAUGUUCGUGCUGUACUUGCUGGGCUUCCUGCUGUGGCGGCCCUGGAGGCAGCAGUGCACCGGCACCUUGAAACGCCGGCGCUCCGCGUUUUUUGCAGACGCCGAGGCUUACUUUGCACCGUGCACCACCGACACCACUGUGAACAACCGUUUGAGUGAGCCGCUGUACGUUCCAGUCAAGUUCCAGGACGUUCCUGCAGAACCCUCAAACUGUUUAAUUGGAGACUGUGAAUCUUCUUCCAGAAAGCAGCGUGUGCGUUUCAGUAAUAUCAUGGAGGUGCGUCAGCUGCCCUCUACCCAGGCCCUGGAGGCCAAACUGUCCCGCAUGUCCUACCCAGUAGCCAAGGACCACGAGGCCAUGAUGCGCACGGUGGGAAAGUUAACCAUCACCGAUGUGGCCAAAAUCAGCUUCUUCUUCUGCUUCGUGUGGUUCUUGGCGAAUCUGUCCUACCAGGAGGCUCUGUCGGACACACAGGUGGCCAUCGUCAACAUCCUGUCCUCCACCUCAGGCCUGUUCACGCUGAUCUUAGCCGCCAUCUUUCCCAGUAACAGCAGCGAUCGCUUCACCUUGUCCAAGCUUUUAGCCGUGGCUCUGAGCAUGGGCGGCGUGGCCCUGGUGAGUCUCUCCAGCAUGGACAGCCCCGAUGAGAAAGGUCUCAUAGGCUCUCUGUGGUCGCUGGCUGGGGCGAUACUUUACGCCGUCUACAUCGUGAUGAUCAAGAGGCGAGUGGAUCGGGAGGACAAGCUCGACAUCCCAAUGUUCUUUGGGUUUGUGGGUCUGUUCAACCUGCUGCUGCUGUGGCCGGGCUUCCUCCUGCUCCACUACACCGGCUUCGAGGCCUUCGAGCUUCCCAGUCAGCUGGUGUGGACGUACAUCCUCAUCAACGGCCUCAUCGGGACGGUUCUCUCCGAGUUCCUCUGGCUCUGGGGCUGUUUCCUCACAUCAUCUCUAAUUGGGACUCUGGCGUUGAGCCUCACCAUCCCACUCUCCAUUAUGGCUGAUAUUUGCAUGCAAAAGGUACGCUUCUCCUGGUUAUUUUUCGCCGGGGCCAUCCCCGUCUUCCUCUCCUUCUUCAUCGCGACGCUCUUGUGUCACUACAACAACUGGGACCCGGUCCUGGUCGGGCUGAGGAGAGUUUACUCCUUCAUCUGUCGGAAACAUCGCAUUCAGAGGCUGCCAGAAGACAGCGAGCAGUGUGAAAGCCUUAUUCCCCUUCACACCGUCUCCCCCAGUGAAGGAAGCUACUGUUCGUGAAACUAAAUGUGGCCAACGUGGAUCUUGCACAGCUGACAAUCUGGACACUAUCAGAGACUUUGAACUUACCCCAGUGCCUCAUAUGAAAUCUAUUUAUUUUCUACAGUGUUGCAGUGUAAACCCCGUCCAUUUCUACAAGAUCGUUUUUUUUUUUUUUUGCCUGAUUUCAGUCUGUGUCGUCUGAAAUCCUGUUUUUGCUACUUAUUUGAUGUUUUACGUUACGGUACAUCGAGGUGCUGGACAUUAUCAGUGAUCACUGUGGUGUCACGUGACCAAAAUGAUCAGUACACUAACGGAGAGGAUCUAUUUCUCCGGAGCUGAAUCCAGGGAGAAGACCUCCGCUGUCGUCUCGCUGCUCGUUGCAAAUGACACCCCCAGAAUAUAAAGGUUUGAAGGAAUAAGUCUUCUUCUCAAUCGCAGAGCGACCCCUCGUCUUUUCGUUCGUUAGGCAGAAUGAACCGUGUCCUACAACUAAUCUGAGCACCUGUAGCUUCAGGAAACACUUCUGUCUGAAGGUUUCUUUCAGUAAUUGUCGGCGUUAUGUAGAUUUCUGGGUCAGUCUACGUGUUUUUGUGAACAGUAAUUGUCAGAAUCUGAACCGUAGCACUGUAACGGGUUCAUGGUUCCCAGCUCGGGUAAUUUACAGAGCGACCGCUCAGCGUCUGGAGACAUUCAUCUCUUAGGUAAUAUCCCCCGUCUCAUGCCACCUCUGACUCGUCUGGAGUCUCUCUUGUUAAACCUUUUGACUUGGACUCGAUGGAAAAGAAAAACACUACAGCUGAGCAAGAAAAACCAUCUCAUCCUCCUUGUGCUGGAUCUUGGACCCGUGAUAGAAAACAAACAAGAUUUUUAAAAAAAUUUUAAAAAAGCCUUCCGCUAUAAGCUAUAAAACAACUCGCUGCAAUAAUGCUUGAAUGAGCAGUUUCUUUUUGUUUUUUUUUUCUUCAAAAUGGCUGUAAAUACUGUACACGGUGAAACAGAAAAGACAGUAUUGAUGUUUUACUUGUGAAAUUCAAAUGACCACUACAGAUCUAUGUUGAGAGAGAGUACGUAUCCGAUUAUGUGUCAUUAUAUUAUAAUAAUUAUUGCCGGAGGAGGGCGAGUUUGCACCGCAGCUUAUUUCCUCUUUUACUUGCAGUUGAGAUUAUAACACACCUGUUGUUGACUGUGUUAUGUGAUUUUCUUUUCUUAAGCAAGAAAAAACAGAUUUAGCACGUUUGUGAUUUCAUGAAGCAUCUUUUUUUUUUCAGCCUUUUCUUUAUGUAUGUUUGUAUUAAGACUCAGAUGAAGGUAAAAUGUUGUUCCACUCAUGUUCAUUCGUGACCGACCGGAUGUUUGAAAAGUUUGGAAACUCAAAAUUAACAUCAUUGCACUUAUUGUUUUAUUUUUUUUGCCAAUCAGAUCGGUCCUUCGUUCUCUCACGGUUACAGGUGUGAACGCUUCUAAAGGACGUUUAGUUUAUUCUGCAAGUUCUUCUGUUUCCAUCUUUAUGUUUUCAUCUUUUAUCAGUGGUGCUUGUUGAAUCAUGGAAAUGAUUACUUUCCUUCUCAGGUUCUCUCACUUGGUUUUAUUGUUCGAGCAGUUUCUUUUAAAGUCUUCUUUAAUCACGAUACAAUGUAAAAAAAAAAUAAAUAAGGCUGAGAUAUAGUCUCUUCCAUUUUAUCAAACAAACUAAGCUCUUGAAUAAUCCUAUUAUUUUGUUUUCAUACUUCGAUGCACUAUUAAAACAUAUCUUUUUAAAUCUC